AUGCUACGAGACAAGAUCUUUAUCUUGUUGGUGCUGUAUGCCGCUUUUUGGCCAAGUUUGGAAGCAUAUCAGGGAAAAUCCAAGAAAACAGAACUUAAAUAUGUAGUGCCCAGAGUUUUUUCGCGAAGAAGAAGAGCGGUCUUGUUUCCGCCGGGAUCGUAUGUAAAGUUCACCUGUUCCUUUGCUACUGGACUUCUGGCGACCUAUCCCAAAGGUAUAACUUUUGUUUUGGAAGAGGCUGUCUACUUUCCGAUUCCCGGAGCUGUGGAGGAUAUCUACCCCAAGAAGUUUCGACCCAAGACCACGACUAAAAAACCGGAAAAGCUGCCCGAUUCCAUUAUUUACAUACCUGGCACAGAUUGGCGUUUUAAGGCCCAGACUUUGCCCAAACCCAAAUGGAGACAACCACCUCCGAAAACUCAUCGCAUCGAUGAUGAUAGCUAUGCCAAUCCUUAUAAGUGGCAAGAUUGGAAUCAGAAACAAAAAUGGGACACUUACCAAUGGAAAGGCAGUGAUCCAAACAAGGCAAAGUGGUCGAAAUGGACCACACCUUCCCCGAAGUGGGAAUCCAAAUGGAAUCAGAACAAGUACAGUGGAGCAUGGCAAUCACAACAUUACCAUGGCCAUCGCGAUCGCAGAUCACUGUUUGAUCGGUUCGCCAAGCUCAGUUCAUUGAUUGGCAUUGAUGUCAAGUCCUGCAUUUUGCGCACCAUCUGUGAUAGCAAGAUAUUACUGCUGCCACCUGGUUAUUCCAUGCUUCAGGACAUGUUGCGAGUGGUAUUCACUCUGCCCCGUUUGGAUGGCCUGGAAGAUGAGUAUAGUCGCCUAAUGGACAAAGAUGCCGAUGAAUGUGCAGCGGAGCUAAAGUCUAAGUGUAAUAUGAAUUUAUUGAUUUGGCUGUUGAGUGGCAGACUUGAAUAAAGUAAAACUUAUUUAU